UUUACCCAACACCUGGGAAUCGUGAAGGAGCAGUUUGCUUAAAGCGUAUAGGUAUUGAAGCAGUUAACUUCACGUUACAUGACAAAUGAGACAUUAAACAUUUUUGUUUGACAAAUAAAGCACGUACGUUUUCGUGCCGCCGGUUUAGUUCACUCGGUAAACAAUGUUUAGCUGGUUGUUGUACGUACGUAACUUCAUAUUGUACAGUGAAAUUUUGUGUCGGCUGGGUUUAUAACCUCACGGUAAAUGAAGAGGAAGAGUGGUCGAUUUUUCGUUCAAAUAUAGCGAAGUCGAUGAAAAUUCGACUCGUCGGAGAAAAAUCAUGCAACAAAUCGAAGAAAUCCGUCAGAAUCGGCAGCGCGAAAUCCGGCUCAAAGAAGGCUCCGAAUCUCGAUCUAUAGAUCAUCACGAAAGUAUCGUAAGAUCUCGGCAAUACUUGGCUACGUUUGUCGUUUGCUCGGGUGGUUUCUCCCUGGGUGUGUGUCUCGGUUGGAAUUCGAGUGCGUAUGAAUCAUUGAUAAACUACGUGAACGCCGAUACCUUAGAACUCGGUUUGGUCGGUGGAAUCUUCAACGUCGGUAUCUGUAUGGGGAUCUCAUUACUUCCCAUUAUUAUGAAAUCGUUCAGCAAAAUCGGAUCGAUGAUGAUGACGGUUCCGAUAAUAUUUUUGGGCUGGAGUUGCAUCACAUUCGCAGGGCAGACGGUACCUCUUCUCCUUCUGGGUAGAACGUUGUGCGGUUUUUCGGGAACAUUUUGCGUCCUCGCCCCCAAUUACAUCGCUGAGAUAUCGGACGAAAAAAUACGCGGCCGUCUUUUGGUUUCGUUUCAGCUUUUUUUAAACUCUGGCAUAAUGUUCGCCUACGUUUUCGCACACGUUACGAUCGACGAGGAGACCAUAUGGGUUUAUAGUUUGAUAUGCGCCGUCACAACGGCACCUGUAGCCCUCGUAAUUUUACUGCCUGAAAGUCCCAUCUAUCACUUGAAAAAAGGAAACGAAGAACAGGCGAAAAUAUCCCUGAAAUAUUUCAGGGGAAACGAGUACAUGGGAUUCGAUAGGGAGUUUAACGAACUCAGGGGAUUCGUCGAUGCGCAGGAAUCGAAACGGGUGACACUGAAGAUGUUGAGAGAAAAGCCGGUUAUUAGAAGCCUCGCAACGUCAUGCGGAGUGAUGCUGAUGAAUCAAUUCGGCUGCACAAGUCCAUUUAUAUUCUACAUCUUUACUAUUUUCAAACACGGAGGUUCGGGACACUUCACCCCAAGUGUUGAAACGUUAAUCGUUGGCGCCGCUCAAAUCGCUGGUACAAUAAUCGCCAUGAUUUUCAUCGAUACGUGCGGUAGGAAACCGCUUCUAAUAAUAUCUUCGGUUUCCAUGAGUGUCUUCCUAAUUUUGAUGGGUUGGUUCUCUAAAGUGGAACAAGACGAUCCGAAAUUUGCGGACGGUAUAUCGUGGAUGCCAUUGGCAUGGAUUUCGUUGUAUCUUUUUUCUUUAAAUAUCGGCGUAGGUCCGAUUGCCUGGGUAUAUUUGGGUGAAAUAUUUCCAUGCAGCGUUAAAAUCGAGUUUUCAAUUGCGUCGUCAAUUCUGAACUGGCUCAUAUCUUUAACCAUGAUCUUAUCGUUUCUCGAAAUUUCGGAAGGUAUCGGCAAGGAAAAUAUGAUGUGGUUAUUCGCCGGUAUAUCACUCAUCGGUACUAUUUUUACGAUGAUUUUCAUCAAAGAAACGAAACAACUCAGCAUCGUCGAAAUGGAAGAAAAGUUUGAUUCGAACCCGACGUCAAUCGAUACAACUACUUCCUCUCAUUUAUGAAGGUGAAGAAGAAAUCACAAAAAUAAUCACGGUGAUGUUAUUAAUUCGAACUGAUCAUCACAUUGAUCAGGCGCAGUGCUGUGAAAAAUAAAAAUUGUAUCCACUGUAAUACAAAAACAGAGUGAAAGAUAAAACCAAAAAAUUUCGUACAAAAUAUGUAUAUGCUAUGUGAGAUCAUUACAGUGGGUACUAUAAAGUUACCAUUUCAAUCAUAGGGAAUAAAGAAAAGUCGUUCUUCAGCUAUGGUUUUCAAUAAUCAUUAUCAACCGUCCGACGAGUUUGACUAAAAUCUAUUACAGUCCACUCAUUUUUUCAUCCAGGUGUUGGUCCGAAUUAUCGUAUAGUAUACUAUAUCGAGCGGUGACAGAUUUUAUAGCGUAAAGAAGAACUACAUAAAUAAAAAAAUGAAUAAAUUUAAAAAUAAUGUCACGUAAGUGAAUUACCUUAAGGUUUUCGCGGGAUGUACGCGCGUACGGAUUGGUGAUAUAUGUUUGAAAAAAGUUCGAAUUUUGAGAGUGGGUGUAGUAUAAUGUAUGAAAAUUUCUGGCGAACAUCCAAAAUACGAUGUGUGCAGAUAUAAGGUAUUCCGUUAUAAUAUAGGAGCUAUUCAUUUGAGAAAUUGGUAACAGCUGAAUGUCGCUUAUUAACACUGUUUUGGUAUUCUGCUAAAUAUAACGGUUACAUUGAGA